UUAUUUUACUUUGUUUCCUAGCAGCUUCUACUCGCACAGCAGCAAGUCGCUCCAAUAACAAACAAAAAAUUAUUAUAUUCUUCACAAUUCCAAUUUAAAAUAAUGGCAAAACCAAAAUUCCUUGAAGCUGACGAAACAGCUUUUGAUAAUAAUUUGAAAAUUGUUAAGAAUGAAGUUGAAGACGAAUUGGAAAAACUAUUUGGAAGUAAAAAUGCACAAAAAACAAAUAAUGUCACAGCACCUCCAAGAGAUUUCAAAGUAGUUACUCCAAAACCAGGUUUCUGUAUUAAGUCCUUCAAGGUGAAUACAAAUGAAAAAUAUUUCAUAAAUGUCUGCCACACCGAUGAAAUACCACCGCCCGAGGACAUAACCGAAGAAGAACUCACCGGAAUAUUACAAACUGAUGAACCAAGUUCAUAUCGAAUUCCGAUGAGCAUCAGUGAACCACGCAUAACCAAGGAUAAAUCAAAUAAUCCAUGUGACGCUUGUGACAUAGCUGUGAAUCCGAAAUUCUUUUAUAAAAUUGAAAAAUCUAUCCUAUUUAAGGAUUUCUUCUUGGCUCUUAUCGCUGAAGCUUUGAGUGAUAAAUAUAAUAUUCAAAUUAAAGUAGAUAAAUGCAUAAUACUGACUAAAAGGAAAUUCAUUGGAACACUAGUAUCACAUCGUAUUCGUAAUAAUGAUGUAAAAACGGUUCUGGAUACUUAUAAAAAUCCAUCUUCAGGCGAUAGGGAGUUAUUGGAGAAAUUGAAUUCUAAUCUAGGAACUAAGACAAAACCAUUGAUUCAGGAAAUUAGUGAAAAUGAAUUGAAUCAAAUGAAGAUAAAAAGCGAAGAAUUGAAAAUGAAUUCGACAAAGAUUAAAGAGGAAAUUUCAUUGGCCGCAUCAACAGUUCCUGAAUUUAAAUUGAGGGCCAAAGUUAAGGGUCAGAAUGUUGACGAGGUACAAGCUGAACUAUACAUGCCUAAAUGUAUUUCGUCUAGCGAAAUUGUUUUAAAUGUUGGAGAGGAUCGAAUCCUUGUCGAGUCAAUGAAGCAUGGAUAUUUAUUUGAUAAAUUUGUCAACUAUAAACUAGAUCAAGAUCGUGUCAAUGCAGUUUUUGAUAAAACAAACAAGAUGCUGCAGGUGAGAGUUUCCGUCGUCGCUGGCUAAAAACUAUUAUACGUACAAAUUGCAUGCAUAUGAGUUAUUAUAAAUACAAAUAAACAAUUUUUUCCUAGAUUUCAAA